AUGAGUCGUGUAUUUACCUGGAUGCGGGUACGGUUCCUCAUUGGUUUGUUCCUUCUCAUAUCCUACCUCGUCGAGGCUGAUGAACACGAUCACAUAUACGAGAUCGAUGAGGAAGUAGUAUUAUGGAUGAACACGGUUGGUCCGUACAGUAACCGACAGGAGACGUACACGUACUUCUCUUUACCAUUCUGUCGAGGCCCGAAAGAAUCCAUUGGUCAUUAUCAUGAGACUAUGGGCGAAUCUCUGCUUGGUAUCGAACUCGACUUUUCGGGACUGGACAUAAAGUUUAGAACCAAUACGAAGAAGACAGUAUAUUGCAAGAAGAAGUUAACUGCAGACGAAUACCAAACAUUCGUCUAUGCCAUCAAAAACAGUUAUUUCUACCAGAUGUACCUGGAUGACAUGCCAAUAUGGGGAAUGGUUGGUGAAGUAGAUGAUUCUCAAUCUCCUCCAACAUACAAACUUUACACGCACAAGCAACUGGACAUUGGAUAUGACGACAAGCAGGUUGUUGAUGUCAACUUAACUUCCGGUGGCCAUGUUGAAAUCCAUCCAGGUGUUGAAUUGGAGUUCUCUUAUGAGGUUAAAUGGGUGCAGUCUCCUAUCAAGUUCGCAGACAGAUUCGACAAAUAUCUAGAUCCAAGCUUCUUCCAACAUAGAAUCCACUGGUUCUCCAUUUUCAACAGUUUUAUGAUGGUUGUCUUCCUUGUUGGUUUGGUGUGGAUGAUCUUGGUGAGGACACUCCGCAAAGAUUACGCAAGAUAUCAGAAAGAGGACAACAUGGACGAUUUGGAUGCUGACUUGGGCGAUGAAUAUGGAUGGAAGCAAGUACACGGAGACGUUUUCCGAGCUCCAGCGAUGCCUCUGCUGUUUUCGAGUUGCAUCGGCGCCGGCUACCAUGUGUUUACAGUAGCGGUUAUAACAAUCGUGCUAGCCAUUGUCGGCGAAUUCUAUACAGAACGUGGCUCUUUACUUUCUGCCGCUAUCUUUGUUUACGCUGCCAGCUCACCGGUCAACGGAUAUGCUGGAGGCUCAAUGUACGCCCGAUUUGGGGGACGUCACUGGAUCCGACAGAUGGCACUCGGAGCCUUCCUCCUUCCUAGCUUGGUUUGCGGAGUUGCAUUCCUCAUCAACUUCAUCGCUAUCUACUACCACGCCUCGAGAGCUAUUCCAUUCACUGUGAUGCUUGCUGUCACUGCCAUCUGUCUCUUCGUCAUCCUUCCAUUGACCCUUGUUGGAACGGUAUUGGGUCGCAACAUGUCUGGUCAAGGAGAUUACCCGUGCAGGGUAAAUGCUGUACCUCGACCUAUUCCUGACAAAAAGUGGUUUGUGCAGCCAUGGUUGAUUGUACUCAUGGGAGGAGUCUUACCAUUUGGUAGCAUCUUUAUCGAGAUGUAUUUCAUCUUCACAUCAUUCUGGGCAUACAAGAUUUACUACGUGUACGGCUUCAUGCUUCUUGUCACUAUCAUUUUGGCAAUCGUCACCGUUUGCGUCACUAUAGUCUGCUGUUACUUCCUUCUGAAUGCUGAAGAUUACAGAUGGAGAUGGACGAGCUUUAUGGCAGGUUCCUCAACGGCACUUUACGUUUACCUCUACUCAAUCUACUACUUUUUCUUCAAAACAAAAAUGUAUGGCCUGUUCCAAACGGUAUUCUAUUUUGGUUAUAUGGGCAUCUUCUCCGCAGCACUUGGUCUCAUGACUGGAACGAUUGGCUACGUAGGCACUGCGAAAUUUGUUCGAAAAAUAUACUCAACUGUGAAGAUUGACUAGGACUUUGUUCUUCUGUAAUAUAUCUUCGCUGUUGUCCUUGUCUUCUUCUAUUUUUGUUUGGUUUGGUAGAGUGCAUGUCGUGCCAUGCACUUCCAUUGUCUUUAAUCCUUUUUUUUACUUCUGUUUCUCCUUCUCCCCUUUGCUUGUACGGUACCGCCUGUUUUUUGCAUAUAUCUGUUAUUAUGUCUUGUCCCCUUACGUUUUGUGUCCAUUGUCGAUGCAAUUUUGAGAGCGGUUUUUUUAGCGUUGCUAUGAGUUGCAACCUGAAAUGUGAUAUGAUUUACUAAUAACAUAUUAGUCUCAACACUACGUAUUUAACUGUUUUUUGGUGAAUGGACGAGUUUGUUUAGUCAAUAAAUUGUUUAUAUC